AUGCAUUAUUUGCUAUUAAUGAUCGUUGUAAUGUUAUAUCCAAUAUCUACGGAGCAAGGAAGUGAUACCACGAUGUCGGUGGAAGAAGCAUUCAAAAAAUACCAAGUUGUGCCGGAUGUUAUAUCAAUGGUUCCUACCAAACUGAUCAAUGUCGAUUAUAGUGGUGGUGCUAAGGUGAAUCUGGGUAAUGAACUUACGCCAACACAGGUGAAAGAUGAACCAAAAGUAUCAUGGGAUGCGGAAGCUAAAAGCUUAUACACACUGGUUAUGACUGACCCAGAUGCACCAUCUCGACAAAACCCUAAAUUCAGAGAAUGGCACCACUGGUUGGUAGUCAAUAUUCCUGGGCAGGACGUUAGCAAAGGCGAUGUGUUUUCCGAGUAUAUUGGAUCGGGUCCACCAAAAGGCACAGGACUUCACCGCUAUGUAUUCUUGGUUUACAAACAACCGGAGAAAAUCGUGGAUGUCCAACAUGGGCAUCUUACUAACAAAUCAGGAAAAAAUCGCGCAAAUUUUAAAAUUGCCAAAUUUGCAGAGAAACACAAGUUGGGAAAUCCAAUUGCUGGAAACUUCUACCAGGCUCAGUACGACAAUUAUGUAGCCAAACUGUAUGAACAAUUGAGCGAUUGA